AUGGAUCACAUACCCACGCCAGAAUAUCCCUUCCGACCCAUCCACGUGCCUUGGCUGGGUGGAAGUCUGGCUCUCACCUCUGAGUACGAUAGCAAGGGAUUUCUCGAUUUCCCCUCGCGGCAUGGCUGGAGCACACAGAGUCUACACGAUGUCGAUUUCGAGGGCAGGGACGCUGCUCAGACGGCGGCCUUCCUUCAAGAGUGGCUCUACUUUGGACUGCUUGGUUCCGUGUUCCAGAUAUGCGGCGUCACUUUCAGCAGGCACCAUCUCCUACGACACACGUCGGGGUUCAGGAACAAGAAGAGAUACAGGUCCUUCAUCACGACGAGAACACUGAGCAAGCAGUUACAGCAAUGGUACGACAAGGAAAAGUAUGCCUCCCCCUCUGUGAAGACGGAGCACGAGGGAGACAUCAGGUUCAAUUUCACCUUUGCAUCGCGAGUACUCGAGGCUUUCAAUCGGAAGUUAAGCACCGCUGGCAACGAUGCCGAAGCCGAGUAUCUGCGCAACUGCCUGCCUGGAGAUGUCGAACUGUCAAUCGUCGUUCUGCUGGCUACGAUUCAGUACUUCCACAUGGUCAUCUAUGACCCUCCAAGUAGACUGGUAGCCCCUACCUGCCCUUGGCUCUCGUUGGUGAUGGUGAGCGAAGGCUGGUGCGUAGGGCAAGUUGCCAGACUAUGGAGGCGGCAUCGGAAUGUCUUGACCAUGUACUACUUCAAGAUGCUGGGUCCGCCAACAGUCACCAAGGACCACUGGCGUUGUUCGACAAGCCGGUGCGCGGCCCAUGAUGUAGUGGAAGACAUAUAUGUCACGGCGCAUUGUCCCGUAGAGCCGUCCUUUAUGCAUUUCCCAGUCCCGAAAAUGAUCACGAAACGUAUGAGUUGCAGAUGCGGCGGCCAGACGGGGCCAUUGAUCGAUAAACUUGUUGCCAUCAUAGGGGAUGGGAGCAUCCCCAUCAUAUCGGUCCGGUGUCCAACCAGCACCCAGAACGGGAAAUGGAAUGAUUCUUUGGACCUGGAGGUCGUCGCAUAUACUGGAGAUACCCCAUAUAUUGCAAUAUCCCACGUUUGGUCCGACGGCCUUGGGAAUCUCACAGCGAACACCCUGCCCAUCUGUCAGUUGAAAGCUCUCAGAACGCAGCUACAAUACAUGAUCCUCACAAACCCCGAGUACUUUGGCGACAUCUUUCCCGAAGGCUUACGCGUCCACAAGACAGCACGCCUGGAGCGACUUUACUUUUGGAUCGACACUCUUUGCGUACCCGCCAACAAUCUCGAAAUGAGAAAGAAAGCCGUCCUGGACAUGCGCAACGUCUUUGAGGCAGCAUCGGCCGUCCUGGUGAAAGACGCCGAGUUGAACGCACAGAGCCGGUAUUGUCCUCUUGAAGAGCUCACGGCCCGUGUGUGCGUGUCCCCCUGGUGUUCACGGUUGUGGACACUGCAGGAAGGUGCCUUGAACGACCGGGUCUUUGUUCAGAUGUCCCACGACGAGGUCGUUCUGCUUGAUAGCUUGAACGAGCCGGUGCGGUCGCUCGUUUUGCUGUCGGAUGAACUGCUCGAUGCCGAUUCGAUUGACUUGGCCGACCGUCUGUCCACAUCAGCAGACUGUGACGACAAUAGUGCAUCCGAACAAUUGGGCUUUGCGGCAAAGUUUGCGGCGUGUCCUUCGGCCAUUCUAUCGAUGAAUGCCCUUCCCUCCAGCAUUGGAUCCAUAUCCACUUUACAUCGGGCAAAAGCAGAAUGGUUCUUGCACGUAUUGACCCAAUUACAGUGCAGGGAAACCAGCAAAGCCUCUGACGAAGCCAUCUGCAUCGCCACGUUGCUGAAUGCAGGAGUGAAAGACGUACUCAGGGAGGAUGACGGGAAAAAGAGGUGGAUUGCCCUCCUGUCAGUUGUGGAGGAUGUUAUCUCAGCGCACAUUGUGUUCACGAGCUUGCCUAGGAUGAGCGUCAAGGGGUAUCACUGGGCGCCACGGUCAUUUCUGAACUACCUUGAGGGAUCGGAGCUCGCAAGAGUAGUCAACCUCCAUGACUCUGAUGCAGAAACUCUCGAGCUCCAACACGAUUCAGACUCCAACGAGCCAUACCAUGCACGACAGGGUGCCAGGCCUGUUCGUAUCAUAGAACGCGGGCUGCUAGUCUCGUUCCCAGGAUUUAUAUUUCAGCCGCUCACAAAUCCUUUGUCGUCCGAGUUUUGUUUCACCCAGGAAGACGACGUUACUUAUUGGUGCAUUACCGAGUACUCCCGGGUCCAUUUCGAAGCAUAUUUUGAGGGCACUCCGUUUUUGCCGGAGCAAUCAUGGGAUGCUGUGGAGGUAGGGGCGUCCUCCCGGCUGUCGCUUGUCCUGGAGAGUCAUUUUUCAGAGUCCACGGCGCCCGUCCGGGGUGCGCUGUUGAUGAAUUGCUCGGAGGAGGCCAAUGUGGUUUAUGGGAUGCAUUUUUGUCUUACUCUUGUCACUCGGACCACGAAAAGCUAUCAGCCGCCAGAAUUUGAGCUGGCGAAAGAGAAAAUGGUCCAAAAUACGGGGCAUGCUCAGUGGGAACUGACUGUGGGUGCCAAGUUGGGAGAGCAACAGGAGUGGUGCAUCGCAUGA